AGCUCACCCUCCCGCUCCGCCAUCACUUCACCUCCCGGCUGUCGGAGCUUCAGUGUGUUUCAGAACAUUUGUGUAAUUUUGUUGUGUUUUCGCCUGCAAACAUGGCUCAGGUCAACACCUGCCUCAAACACAUCUUCACCGCCUUCAACAUCCUCUUUGCGAUUAUUGGCGGUCUCAUCAUCGCGUUCGCUCUGCUGAUUCAGGUCCUCACAAAUAUUCAUGGAGGCGAGGGAGUCGGACUGGAGGGUCGGACAUCCGGCCUCAUCGGCCUCUAUGUCGUGGGCGCCAUCACCAUGGUGAUCGCCAUCCUGGGAGCCUACGGGGCCCACAGGGAGAGCAAAGUGUCUCUGAUCGUGUUCCUGGUGUGCAUGGUUAUUGGAACUCUGCUGAUGCUCCGAGUUGGUAUCCCCACUGCUGCCAUCCGUCCCGAGCUGGAGGGCAUCAUGGAGACAAGGGCUCGCGAAAAUCUGCCUCUGGACCAGGCUUCAGAAGACGUGAAGACCCUGGUUGAGGAACUGCAGAAAGGGCUGCACUGCUGCGGUCUGUUCAGUUACAAGGACUGGGAGGACAACAUCCCCGACUCCUGUAUGUGCAACCAGGAGGAGCAGAUGGAGGGAAAGUGUGAGGCAGUCAGAUACAGAGUCACACUGCAGAGGGAUUAUGUCUACAGCCAGAGCUGCUUCCCCAUCAUCAGCUACUACAUCCUGCUGGUCGCUGACGUCAUGAUUGGAGUCUGCUUCACUCUGGCCAUCCUGGCGCUGCUGGGCAUGAUCCUGUCCUCCAUCAUCAUCCACCAGAUGCGUCACCCCGACAGACCCACCGUCCUGCUGUCCGUCCCCGCCAUCUUCGCCACUCCUCCUCCCAAAUACCAGGAGCUGCAUAACCCUCCGGCGUACUAAAGGAGUGACGCCACUUCUCUCCUCUGUUGUUAGCUUCAUGUAGAGCGUCAGGAAGUCGAGCGGUUUAUGUUGUUUGUCUGUUUAUUCUUGAAUUUGAGGCGAUCUCUGCAGUUAGAGGACGGAGCGUCCAAAGUGCCUUACGUCCCUGUGAGGAGUCCAGACUGUCGGCUCCACUGAGAUCAAUGGACAGAAACUGUAUCACCACUGGGUUUCAUUUUCUUAAGCGGCUCUGGAAAGACCUGCAGCAACUUUGUUUUUUAAUUUUUUAACUAGUGCAGAGUGGAUCUGAUUAGUCUGUGCGUUGGGGGCGGGGCUUGUUGAUCGCUUGUGUUUAUGUCCAAAUCUGCUGUUCUCAUAAAACCAGAGAAGAUGGAGGUCAUUAAGUUUUGUUUCUUCCAACUAUCACAAGAUAAUUACCUAAAGUUGUUCAACAAAACAGUGUCAUUGUAAAAUAUUUUGUUUCCAACAUCACAAAAGGAAAAAAUGGGAAAUUUUGAGACUUUAUUCUUUAUUCAAUGGACUCUGGCACCAAAAAUCCUCCUCUGGAUACACCCGAGACGACUUGAUUGAGAAAAGUCAAUCACAAAAUAAUUUAAAAUCACAUUAAAGAGAAGAUGUGAGCUAAAAUGAACGUCUCUGUAUAAAGGUGGAAUUUGUAGACCUUAAUCUUUUUCAUUUUUUAUUUCUAUUGUAAGUUUUGGGCCUGAUCCUCCUCUAGAUAGGGAAGACACUGUGAACUUUGCGAAAAAUGUUCUCAGUUUAAAUUGAGAGAGAAAAAAAAAGGUGAAGAUUUAAUCUUUAAAUUCUCAGUUUGUUCUUAGGAUUUUAGCUCUAAAAAAAAAUUGUAUGCAGUUAUUUUUUGUCGUUUUGAGCAAGAAUCAAAUUUUUACAGACAGAUUUUCAUCUCUAAAUUUUGAUGAUUUUUCGAAGGAUUUUGCAUCCUGUGCAAAAGAGAAUUUUAAAAGUUCAAGGAAACAAAUUCUGGACAUUUAUCUUUCAAUUUUGUCAAGAAUCCAAAUUUUAAUGUCAAACUUUCGACGCUUUUGAGGUUUGAACAGAACGAAGGAGCCAAAAACUUGAACUAAACUUAAAAGAAAAACAUCUGAAUUUAAAGUUUUACUCCUAAUUUCUUGUGAUUAUCGAAAACUGAGGAAACAAAACUUUCCCAAAAUCCUCUCUGGCUUUUUUGUCACCUACACAAACUUCAGAAGAGCUUCAAGUUUACAAAUUUUGGCUGCAGUUCCCUGAAAGUCAUUGCACUUGUAAAUGCAAAAGAGCACUUUUUUUUAAAACGUUACUGAUCUUAUUUGGUUCAGCAAACGCAAAAACACAUCACAUGGCCUUGUAGUGACGAUUAAACCGUGAGUGCCACAGUCAUUGUUUGCUCUGCAGACACUGAAACGCUGCAAUAUCUUACAUUUUAUAAUUAAAGUGGUUUUUGACGGCAAAAAGCUUCUGUUUUCUUCCCAUCCCUGGACAGACUGAUGGACUUUAAGCUGCCACUCGCUUCAGUUGCUUAAUUUUUUUUAAAUACAUAUUUAUAUCCUGUUUGUUUUGUUAGUGAAUGUCACAGUGGGUCUUUCCUUUCUCUGUUACUGUCAACACUUGGCGACGUUAAACAUUAUAUCCUAAAUCAACCCCUCAUAAUCCACCCUUUGAACCAGCAUGAUGUAAACGCCGUCAGAAACGAGAAGUUAAGGCUUUUAUUUUGAAAACUGAGCGCUGUGUUGACCAAGCUUUAGAGACUAAAAUUAAAAGCAUGUGCUGUGAGGUCCAGGAGACUUAAAACUUGUUCUUUUUUUAUAUAAUGCAAAGUGUGAAGGAAGAAAGGGGAAGACUGGAUGUAUGAGUUCAGAACGUCACUGUGUGAAGAUGAAUACGCCAGUUAAAUGUCUGCACAGCUGAAGAAAAGGGCAAUAUUCUUUAUUUUUCAUCUCUUCUUUGUAUCAUGUUUGAUUCUGCUGUGAACUGAUACUGUAGAUCCUCGACGACUUACAGAAAUAAAAACCAGAAAACCAAAA